AUGUCCGCCUCGUCCCCACCACCGCAGGGCGGCGCUGCCACCUCCACCGUCGCGGCGCCGCUGGAGGACGCGUCGCAGCUGUCAGCUGAUGACCUCCUGCAACAAAUCGUCGAGCUGGUGAACAAGGAGCUGGAUCGACACUACUCCCUUGUCGAAUUCGACUCCCUCGGCCGCAUUGAGCUGCUGCAGGUGGUGAACGACAUCUUUGCGAAGCUACAGCCCAGCAUGAAGAUGGACAUGCAAGCGAAGCCGCUCGAGGAGGCCAUGCCGCGCAUGCUGGAAUUCCUCUUGAAGAUUCUUGGCUACCGCGUGCCAGCUUUUGUCCAAGGAAGUUUCCCCCAGAGCUUCGCGGACGCGGAGCCCCUCGUGGUCUACCCAACCAUGUACUGGAUCCUCACGCACAUGGAGCUGAACGAGAAGCGCGUCUAUCUCGCUCGCUUUCUGCAGCCGCUGGACAUCCCGGACGACAUUCGUGCCCAGGACGAGGAUGUGCGCACCCUCUUCAUGCAGUAUCAGGCGCUGCGUGGCGCCUUCAUUCAGACCCAUCAGAGAGUCGAAAAGCUCCGCUCCGCCUUUGCAGAUCCAGUGGAGACACGCCGCAAGGUCGUCGUCUUGGAGGUCGAGCGAGACCGCCUACAGGGGUACGUUGAAGCCGCUCUCAAGAAGUUGGCGGCCGUGCCGGAGAAGGAGAUGCUGCUGGCAGCCAGCAAGUCCCUCCGCGUGGCGCGUGAAGAGAGCAUCAAGCUGGCCGAGCGAGAGGUAGAACAGCAGCAGGCCAAGGUGUCUUCCGAGGCACGCCGCACGGAAAUCAACACCCGUCUGCAGAACCUCCGCCGCGACGCAGCGGACGGUCGCGUCGAGAUGAUGAUCCGGCGCAUAAAGGAUGAGAUGGGGACAAAUCGGAUGAAGCUGCAGGACCAGCUGCCGCAGGAGCUUGAGUCUGUCAAGAACGAGAACGCCGAGCUCCAGAAGCUCGUCUCGGAGCCCCUGGACAUGGCCGCACUCACCGCAAGAGAUCGCAAGCUGGACGACGAGCUGAAGGCGCUGCACGCGAAAAUCGCACAGCGGCAGCAGCCCGGCGCUGACGGGGCCUCUAUCCUGCGCUUUCGAGACCAGGUGCAGCGCGUCAUGGCGCGCAAGCAGGAGGUGCUGAACGAGCUCAGCUCGCUGCAGGCCGACAACAACAAAGCCCUCAACGACAUCCGAGAACGUCAGCUACGCAUUACGCAGCUGCAGUCCGCCACAAACAUGCUACGGAGCGAUGACUUCCGCGACUUCUCAAACCAGGUACGCGCGAAGAAGGCGGCAACGGAGGGUAUGCGCACCCGCCUCGCGGAGCUGCGCACGGAGUGGGGCACGCUGACCUUCACCGAGGCGACGCUUCAGGAGCAGUACAACGCCCUGGACGCUGCCAUUGGCGAUCUGGAGAGCAAGCUAGGGCUGCAGGGGUACAGCCGUACGGUAGAGGCUCUUUCCAAGUUGGCGCACGAGAAGGACGCCAUAGAGGAGGUAAAGGGCAAAACGCUCGAGGAGCUGUCGCGCGUCGUGCAAGAGUUCACGCUCGCCAUUCGUGAGGGUCGCACUCGCCUUGCACCGCUCAUCAACGAGCUGCGCGCUGUUCGGCAGACGGCGGCGGAGGUUGACCAAGAAUGGUCGGCGAAGAAGUCUCAGUACGAGUACCAGGAGAGCCUCUUGACUGAGGACAUCCAGAAGAUCGACGAGGACGUCACGCGCCUCAAGGAGGAGACGACGAUGAGUGAGUCCCUCUACCACCGCGUUCGCACCCAGGGCCUCCUCCUCGCUGCACAGGCGAAGCGAGCAGAGGAGGAGCAGACGUUCCGGACUGACAGCAACGCCUCACUAGACCCGCAGCACAAGACAUACGGUGACUACCUCGCCGAAGUGACACGCACGCUGGAGGCGUGGACGAAGGAGAUGCAAGGCAAGCGGCGCGACCUGGAGGAAACGCACGACACCAGCGUGCGGCAGGUGGAGUGGUUCAACGCGCUCCGCACGAUUCUUCAGGCCAAGCUGAAGAGCAUCCAGGCAGAGGGGCCGUCUACAGGCGCGAGGACUCGCAACAACACCAUCGAUGACGACAUUCAGCAAGUCAUGGGGCGUGCCGGUGGGACGAACAUGCUUGUGCUGAACAGCAACUAA